AUGUCGUCCCCCUUCAACCCCCUCGCAGCCCUCACUCCAGCGUUCCCGACACCAGGCGCCCUUCCAGCCCUCGCGGGCCUGUCACCUGCCCCGCUCCACCCGUUCCUCCAGUCCCCCUCCGGCCAGGCCGGCACACUCACCUCGCCGUUCGCGGCCGGCACGCCGUGGCUGUCGCAUCUCGGCCUGCCUGGCUCGGUGCCCUCGCUCCCCUCGCUUCCAGCGGGCGGCGGCCUCAGCGGCGGCAGCGGUAUGGGCCUCGGUGCCCAGCAACAGCAGAGCCAAGGCGGCCUGCAAGGCGCCGGCACGGCCAAUGGCGCUACAGCAGACGCAGACGACGCACUCCGCGCCAUGCCCGAGAUCAGCAGGCUCGUGGAGCGCGCCGAGGCCGUGCGUGCCGAGAUGGCAUUGUUGGAGAAGAAUAUGUUUGGGAAGAAGGGCGAAGGCGCCGAGAGGCAAGGCGGCGGCUUGAGCCGUCUGGAAGCACUCCAGCUCGACUACGCGCAGACGCUCCUGGCGCUCAUCCAGCUCUCGUCGGCAUACCUCGUCGGCGCACUGCCAGUUCCCCUCUCCACGGCUGCUCCGGGGACAAGUACCGGUGGUGCCGACUCGACAUCGACUGGCGCGGUUAACACCACCACAUCAACACCCAACGCCGCCGAGCUCGCGGCGUGGACCGAGGCGAGGGCUCAGGCCCAGUUUGCGCGCCGCGAGGCGGUCAAGAAUGCGAGCAAGGCAGUCGUGGACGUUCUCAAGGGAGGAAGGCAAGGAUGA